AUGGGGAUGGGUGGACGUGCAGGUAAGAGCGAAAGAAGCACCAUAGCGGCGGCAAUGGCAGAGUUCCAUAGAUCUACGUGUAUUCGCUUUGUCCCCAGAAAUGCAGAGAAGGACUACAUACACAUCUUGAAGGGAGAUGGCCGGUCUGAACACAAGGGCCCCAAGCGACCCACAGUGGUUAUACAGACUCUGCGCUACACAGGAGUUCGUGGCACGAGCACUCCAAGCUUAACGGACGGGGACAGACCUCUAUCAUCAACGCAUAUGGUCCGACUUAACUCCAGAAUCAUCCAGGAGGGCAAUGGAAGUACAAGCUUGAGAAGAUAUGACCUGGACACCAUUUACAGAGCCAUGGGCGGUCGGUGUAUGAGCCUGGGUUCCAUAAUGCACUACGGCGCGCAUGCGUUCGCGAGCGACCGGACGAAACCCACGAUCAUUCCCCGACCCGCUUCGGCCGAGAUCGGACAGCGUCGCGGAUUCUCCAGAAGAGACAUAGAGAAACUGAGCCUUUUGUACGACUGUGACGGUUUCACGACAGGGACUGUGACCACUCCAGCACCUCCUGUUCGGCCCCCGUCACCUGGCGAGUGCGAAGACAGCCAUAAGCACUGCAGUACUUGGGCGAAAGACGGAGAAUGCGAGAAAAACCCGGAUUGGAUGUUGAGCAACUGCGCAAAUUCGUGUAAAAAUUGCGGUUCAAGUGUAAAUGACACGACAUGUUCUGCAAGGAAUGAGUCAGCUGGGGGAAUGCACGAAGAACGCCCCAUACAUGAGUCUUUUUCUGCAAGAACUCGUGUGGUGUUGUGA